CUCCAUACAACACUGACCCAGACGCAGUCUUCACACCAUUGCGAUGGGGCCUCAGGGGCAUCGGAGAGGUGCAAAGGCCCCGAAGAAGGAUUUCCAGAGGCCCAGAGUGCUCAAACGCAAACGAGAAGAGGAAGAUCUCGAGACCCUCGCACAGCGGGUAACCGACUUCGAUCCGAAAUCUGCGCCUCCGCCCGAGAAUUUCGUCGACCUCCCAUUGAGUCAAGCAACUCAAGAUGGGCUUGCAGCUUCACACUUCAAAACCCUGACUACCAUCCAAAGCAGAACCAUCCCGCUGGCAUUGCAGGGUGAGGAUAUCCUAGGCGCUGCCAAAACGGGGUCGGGCAAGACACUGGCAUUUCUGGUACCUGUUCUAGAGAACCUCUACCGUAAGAGAUGGACGGACUACGAUGGCUUGGGAGCACUGAUACUCUCACCCACUCGAGAAUUGGCCAUCCAGAUCUUCGAGGUCCUGCGGAAAGUUGGCCGCAACCACACGUUCUCCGCUGGCUUGGUGAUCGGAGGCAAGAGUCUACAAGAAGAGAGAGAACGACUCGGACGUAUGAACAUUCUGGUCGCGACGCCGGGGAGGAUGUUACAGCACAUGGACCAGACGGCGGAAUUGGACAUUGGAAAUUUACAAAUGCUGGUACUGGACGAGGCGGACAGGAUUAUGGACAUGGGGUUCAAGCAGACCAUUGACGCUCUGCUCGAGCACCUUCCCCCAGACAGGCAGACUCUCAUGUUCAGCGCCACUCAGACCAAGAAGGUCUCUGAUCUUGCGAGGCUGAAUUUGAAAGAACCAGAAUUCGUCUCCGUCCACGAAGCGGCCGACAGCGCUACGCCUUCCUCUCUGCAACAAAACUACGUCGUCACUCCGCUGCCGGAAAAGCUCGAUACCUUGUGGUCGUUUAUUCGUGCCAACGUCAAAAAGAAAAUCCUUGUCUUCUUAAGCAGCGGCAAGCAGGUUCGCUUUGUGUACGAAGCUUUCCGUCACCUCCAGCCUGGUAUUCCCUUGCUUCACCUGCAUGGACGACAAAAACAGACGGCACGAGUUGAGAUCACUACGAAAUACUCUAACAGUAAAUACGUAUGCUUGUUCUCAACGGAUGUGGCUGCCCGAGGAUUGGACUUCCCUGCCGUUGACUGGGUUGUCCAGGUCGACUGUCCUGAAGACGCUGACACCUAUAUUCACAGGGUGGGACGAACAGCACGGUUCGAGCACGAUGGCCGGGCCGUGUUAUUCCUGGAUCCGAGCGAAGAAGAAGGCAUGCUGAACGCGCUAGCGAGAAAGAAAGUCAGCCCCGAGAAGAUCAAUGUGCGCCAGAAGAAAAUGCAGCAGACCAUCCGCAACCAACUACAGAAUAUGUGUUUCAAGGAUCCCGAAUUGAAGUAUUUGGGGCAGAAAGCCUUCAUUAGUUAUGUGCGUAGUGUACACAUCCAGAAGGACAAAGAGACGUUCAAUCUGAAAAAGCUCGAUUUGGAAGCUUUCGCGGCGAGUUUGGGCCUUCCUGGUGCACCUCGUGUGAAGUUUGUCAAAGGGGAGGAUGCAAAAGCCAAGAAAAAUGCCCCGAGACAACUACUGGCUGCACUGGAAUCGAGCAGCGAUGAGACUGAUGCUGAGGACGCGCCGAGAUCCAAACAAAAACAACGGAAUGGGGGAGUCAGGACGAAAUACGACCGCAUGUUUGAACGGCGCAACCAGGACGUCCUGGCCGAGCAUUACACGAAAUUGAUUGAAGACGACGAGGAAGAUGAUGGGGCAUCCAAAACGAAAGCAGCAGACGAUGACCGCCCCGCCGCCAAUGACGAUGUGGACGAUUUCCUCUCAGUAAAACGCCGCUUCGAGGCCGGCGACUCAGGUCUCGACCAGGACAGUGAUGGCGACUCGGCCUCGUCGAGAAGUACCUCUCAGCCACCCUCGUCGACGAAACGAACGAAAGGAAAACCGAACUCCAGCUCCUCCCUCGAACCGAGAAGCGUCCAGCUCUCCACCAACCCAGACGCGCCAGCGUUAACAAUAGACUCGCACCGGCGCGAGAAGCUUCUGGCCUCGAAGAAGAGGCUCCUCAAGUACCGCGGGCGCGGGUCCCACUUGACUUUCGACUCUGACAGCGAUACGCCAAAGGACAAGAAGGCAUACCAGGAUGAAGCCGAGUUCACGGCGGCAGACGAGGAGAGGCGGGCGUUCUUGGAGAGAGAGGCCGAGAGAGCAAGGGAGGCCGAUCUCGUGGACAAGGAGAUCGCGCGGGGCAAGAGGAGGGAGAAGAAGGAGAAACGGAAGGAGAGGGAACGACAGCAGCGGGCGGGUCAUGGUAGGGAAGCAGACCUCGACGGAGACGACGAGCGAGGAUACGGUGUCCAACUCGUUCCGUACGAAGACGAAGUCGACGCCCCAGCCGGAGCUGGAGCCGAUGCUGGAGAUGAGCCUCCUCUCCAAUCUCAAUCCCCUCCACCCGGGCCCAAACCGAAGCGCCAGAAGAAAUGGUUCCAAGACUCGCCGUCUGCGUCUGACGAUGAUCAUGACGACCAAGACGCGACCGCGACGACGAAGAGGGACAAGACGACAAAGACCAAGAAGACGAAGAAGGGGGACCAUCGCCUCGCCGCCGCAGCUCAGCAGCCGCAGACCCUGGAGGAUCUGGAGGCGUUGGCCUCUGGUCUUCUCGCGACUGGCUAGGCUACUGGAGCUUGGUCUUGUCCUCCGCUAAUACUGAAUGCUAUAUGUUCGCGGAAGAACCCAAGCCUGCUCACAGCGUUACCCCAGGAGCUUCGCGGAUCAGCUAGUGGCAUGUAUACCAUUAGCAGCAAGCACAUUUGAACUUGUGCUUGUGUUGCCACCCGCGGACAUUGACCUAUGGCUCUCUAAGUAUCCAAUUACAUGUCAUCUACAUCACUUGGC